UCAAUUAUUUACCGCUACUUUUUUAAAUAAGUAAACAAUUCAAUUUCUUCAUUUAAUGAUUUUAAAGUUCACCUGAAACAAUAUUUUUACGAAAAAAUAAUACAAAUUUGUUAUUUAAAAAUGACUGAAGACCAAAAAGAAAUUGUGAUCUGGCAGAAGAACUUCUUUCGCCGAACUAUGAAUAUCUAUGAACCACGAGGUCCAAAAUACCAUUGCACGCAAUGCAAUGAAGUACUCAACACAAGGCUCAGCAUAUUUACCCAUUCCAAGAUGCAUUUGAAACCAUUCUGUAUUGUGUGCGGUUUAUACACUCAAAAUCUAGAUCAAAUGCAAAAUCACAUGAAACAUGCCCAUCGAGGAUUGGUAGAUGUUAUACCAAUAAUUCCUUCAAUAAAAGAUGAAAAUCAAAAUGAAACUAUAAGCUUGGAUGUUGGGAAAAAGGAAAAAGAAUGCAGACCCAAAAAACUGAAGGCCUCACCUCCAAAAAGGAACUUUUUUGGUUAUAAGGGACAGCUUAAAACCGACAAACAGAAUUUGGUUUCUCGCUUCGGUCGUUGUAUCAAUGUUAAGAUUCCAGCAGAUUUUUAGUGAAUGACAACUAAUUGUAUAUAUUAUCUUUUUCAAAUUGUUUAUUUUUGUUUUGUUUGAUUUAUUAUUAUAAACAAUGAAUUGUUAUUUAAUUCUAAGGUUAUUUUGAAGCUUACAUCUUAUUUAUAUGUACCAGCAUAUUAUGAAAUUAUAUACCUAGUUAGU